AUGUCAAUCCUUAUUUUUGGAUUUUCGUUCUUCCACGACGUCCGACUUGGAGUGGGAUUUGACGGCGAUAUCGAUGGCCGACUCAAAAGAUCCGGAGGUAGAGCCGUCGUCGGGUUACAUCCACAAGAUCCGAAGUUAGAGCCCGAUGGUCGAAACUCAAAGCGUUCUUGCAUGUUCGAACCCCAUGGCGGCCGAUCUAUCAGUUUGACUUUGAACAGUUCGAAAGUCGUCCAGUACAUGCUAACAUCCGAGAUGGAAAUGACAAUUGAGGAGUCAAUUCAGAAAGCAUGCAACAGCACGACGGAGGCACGUUUGUCGUCUCCUGCGUCGCGGUUGGCGGCGGGCGGCGGAUGCACAGCUGGAGUCUCCUGCGACGCGACGACAUUAAUGGCAUCGGAGGGCAAAGGGGGCAAGAAAACAACACUUGAGAAAUUCGAGGCACAAAAUUAG